AUUUAAACAUGAACCAUUUUGUACAACUGUAUCCAUAGAAAUGUGAUUGUUUAAAUUUAUUUAAUUUACCUUGUAAUGCAGGAAAUAGCAACUUGCUGAUCCACAUGGUGCUCUGACAAAAAAAUGGGGAUUAUUUUGCGCUCUGAUUGGCUGUUUGUUUCGUGGCCUGGCAACCAGAAGAGGCUUUACCAAACAGACAGACCCCCGAUCGGCAAGCAUUCGAGCUAGCUACAAUCGCUAGCUACGUUUUCUGGAGAGAUUCAACCACCCAAAUACCAUCAUGUCUUCAAGAACACUGCCUCUGCUAUUCAUCAACCUCGGCGGAGAAAUGCUGUACAUCCUGGACCAGAGGCUUCGAGCUCAGAAUAUCCCUGCUGACAAAGCUAAGAAAGUUAUGAAUGACAUCAUCACCACCAUGUUCAACAAAAAGUUCCUAGAAGAGCUUUUCAAGGCGCAGGAGCUUUACUCCAAAAAGGCCCUGCGGACUGUGUUCGACAGGCUGGCCCAUGCCUCCAUAAUGAGACUCAAUCAAGCUAGCAUGGACAAGCUCUAUGACUUGAUGACCAUGGCUUUCAAGUACCAGGUGCUUCUCUGUCCCCGACCUAAGGACAUCCUCCUUGUUUCUUUCAACCACAUGGAUGCAAUCAAGGACUUUGUGAAAGAUGCUCCCAGCAUUCUCAGCCAGGUUGACGAGACGUAUCAACAGCUCAUAGAGAUGUAUACACCCUUGUCUAGUGGGGACUUCCAGCUGAUCAGACAAACUCUCCUUAUCUUCUUCCAAGACAUGCAUAUAAGAGUGUCUAUUUUCCUCAAGGACAAAGUGCAGAACUCCAAUGGCCGCUUUGUGCUUCCCACCAGUGGUCCUGUUCCUCAUGGAACACAAGUCCCUGGCUUGAUAAGGAUGUUUAGCUGUACUGGGGAAGAGGUGACCAGGCUGCAGUUCAAUAGCGGAGGAAACUAUACUCCUGCUCUCCGGGAGGGAUCUUUCGAGAUAUUUGGAGACAGGGUCACCAAACUAGGCACAAACAUGUACAGUGUAAGCCGCCCAGUGGAAACCCACAUGUCAGGAACAUCUAAAAAUUCUGCUCAGCACACUAAGGUCAACACUGCUCCCAACCCUCUUGCCAAAGAGGAGCUGAAUCUGUUGGCCAAGUUAAUGGGAGGGUUAGAAGUUCAGAAACCAGGAAAUGCAGACAGCGGCUUCCGAGUCAACCUCUUUGCCACCGAUGAGGAAGAAGAAGAGGCAUUAAUAUCAAGACCAGAUGAGCUUUCAUAUGGAGUCAUAAACAUUCAAGCAACAAAGGACCAGCAGGCCAAUGCAGAGCUGGCCAAGAUCAUGGGAGAGUUCACAGAGUCUGGAGAUCAAUCUCCCAGUGCCAGCAGCAAAGGAGACGACCUUCUGGCCAUGAUGGACGGCCUGUGACAUGGUCACCCUGACAGAAAAGCCCAGGGGAUGGGGCACAAUACAUCGUCAACAGUCUGUUCUACUGUGGACCAGUCUGCUGUCUGUACCUUCAAAUACACUACAGCAACCUCAUGUGCAGCCAGAAAACCUUCUUCUUUGGGUGCUUUUAAAAUGCAGAUGUGAGCAGUUUCCAUUGGUUGUCAAAUGACCAACUGCAAAUUUGCAUAGUUAAAAACUAAGAAUGUGGUGAGCCAAGCUUUGUGCUGCAAUACACUCUAAUAAUACGUUUGCUGUAAACUGAAAAGAGUUUCAGUGCAUCAAAACAUACAGUAGGCCUAUAUCAGUGUGCUGAACAUGUGUAUGUGGUAGUAGCAAAACAUCUGCUUGUGUAAUUUCAAGAUGUUGCAUUUUGUCCGACUGCGUUGCUGCACACAAAAUAUGCAUUCCUUUAAUUUCAUAAAAUGUCAGUUAUCUUAAAUGUUAAUAAUGCAUCACAGUUUUAGGCUUAUAGUCCAUAAUUCAUUCAUUUGUUGAUGUUACACAGUAUGAAGAGGGAGUUUGUUAACUUAUUCUGUAUUCUAAUGAACACAUGAUUAAAUUAUAUUGUGGAGGAAUCGGAGGAAACCCAAGUGCUCUUUUUAAUGUGAUUCAAAUUCCCUCAAAUCUUUAUUUUGGUGAGAAAUAUGUUUAUCUUGCAUCACGCUGUACUACCUUAAAACAGUAUGAGGAGCAACUUAUAAGACAUUUUUCACUACCCUGUGAUGUCUCUGAAUGUUGAGCUAUGGUCCAUAAAUGUGCUCAUUAAUGAGUACAUUAUUAUAAUGUAGAGUAAUGUAAUAUAAGAAAUUGUCAAAUAUGUAAAUAUGUAUAUUGCAUAUUUAUUUGAAUGUAUCAUUUUCUGUGUAUAGGAGAGUGCAUAUUGCUGCAGUUGUUAAAUUGUUGAAUGUGCGAUGUAAGAUUUUUAAUAAAUAGUUUAAUUUAAAAAAGUA